AUGUAUCGUGUGGUCAAUGGUGAGCGUCAAAUGGUACUUUCAGACACAAUGGAGCGUCCUAGUCCCAAUGCACAUUCCUAUACUACCACACAUCAUCACUCAGUAAGUAUUCCUUCGUUGCAGUCUCGUCAUAAAGCUCAGAAAUCGUGUAACAAGACAAAAAAGUCAUCGUCCAUUCCGUCCACAGAGAAUGACCCACCAGACGUAAUUCUCCACUCCGAUGGAUGUGCAAUUGCUCUUCAUCUAUCAGUUCUACAGAGUCGCUGUCCAUGGUUCUACAAGCAGCUGCGCAAGCUGCGAGCGUCAUCACAUUCGCCAAUUGGUUUUAAGUUGCUGGACGACGAAGAGCUCCAGCAACUCAAGGACAAAAACAAGAACCCAUCCAAGUGUCCACUACAUGAUCCACAUAAACUACGAUUAGAUUAUGUACGUUGUGUGGCUCAUAGGUGUCAUGGUGGACAGACAAUUGAUGACAGUACAAGAGGACAGUCUCUACAGGACAGUCCUGUUAUUCUUCCAAGAAAAAAAAGACUGCGACAAGACUUUGUACUAGACGGGAACCAGACACAAAACGAACAAAGGAUAGCUCUUAAAUCGCGACGUGCACGAAGUUUGUUUAAUGAGCUCAAAUCUACAACAUUCGCCAAACUAGGUGAAGAACUCGAAAACCAACGAUCCGUGAUGCAUGUCGAGAUUGCAGGAACAAAUAUUGGCGCCAUCGUGACGGUCGUCGAGUAUAUUUACAGGUGUAAAGUCAGGAUGAUUGACGAGCGCAAGGCAAUAGAGGCGGUCAAAUUAGGACAGAACUUGGGCAUGCGGUGCACGAUGCUCUACUAUUGCUUAGUGAUUGCAAUUCGACAUAGUACGACAGCUACGUGGAUGGAAUUGUUGUUGAUGGCUUCCAUGCUAGAGAAUAAAAUGGAGCGCCACCUUUUGUGUGAUCAAUUGAUAGCUUUUGUGAAAUCACUAAAGUCUGAACAAUACGAUCAAGUUCUCAAGGACAUCCGAUGUGUGCAUCUCAAGAGACUGAAGGAUCAUGAUGUUUUGGUCCGUGUUGUGAUAGGUUUAAUUAAUAGUGUCAGACUUGUGGAGUUUUGGCAAAACUUACUGGAUGCGCUGAGUCACUGGUUGAGUAAUCGAUUUCAGACCGAGCAGGUGCCGUCGCUGUGUGAUAUACAUCAGCACUUUGCACCAGAAUGGAUACCGUAUCUGGAGCGAGACCCUGUUGAACUUUUUGCAAAACAUGGUGAGGAAAGUCUUGUAACCCUGCUUCAAUUUGGAAAGUUUCAACUCCAAUUACGGAUUGAUUUCAUGGGUGAAGUGCCUAUUUUAUGGCGAAUCAUUAGGUCUUCGUCACCACAGUUAUUAAGCUCUGACCCAGACGAGUUGGACGAGCUCACAUCUUUUGAUGACGACCCUCAGUUCUGGAUACGUGGGCAAAUGAAAGUUAAGUACUGGCGUACCCAGCUAGACCACACAGCGGUUUCACAGGGAGUGGUAAUCCAGUAUCAACACUGCUUGCAGCAGUACAGUCGGUGGUGUGGUCUUGUGCCGCCGACUUCUUCAAUCUCAGCCCCUGUUGUUACAGCUGCCGCCGUUCAGCCUGAGUAUUGGGGGAAAGCACAAGUUUGUGGCAAAUUUUUCAUCUGGGGCGACCCCGUUUGCAGUAUGUACCAUUUUUUGCUACAGACAACACUCUUCUACUCAGCUCCGCACGACAUACCGAGUGAAGUCUCAGACCUGGUUAUUGUUUCCGAGAUGCAGCGAUUGCCAUUAGAGACCUUGGAGCUUGUGUUGCGCAGCGACAGCUUGCGCAUUCCCGACGGUGAGCGAACAUUGCUAAGAUGUCUUAACAAACUGUUUUUCGGUAACAACUUUAGUUAUCUCGGCAGUGCACAUCAACCACCGCAAGAAUUCAAUGGCCGUGCGAAAGAUAUGAUCCGUUUGUACAAGUGUGUUCGUUGGUGCUUCGUACCUCUGGAUGAUAUCAUUGCUACGCUGAGACGGUCACCUCGGGAGCUGAAAUUCUACGAGUUAAUAGAGUAUGGCCUGCAGAAUACGUUUCAGCGCUUCCUUCGAAGACGUCCGUGGGGAUGGCGUAAGUAUCGUCAUGCUUACAUGAAAAAUGAGACAAAUGUGGUCGAGUUCAGGAUCGAAGCGGGUGAGAACCAGCUGUCACCAGACUAUUUUCCUGUGGUUCCGAAUACCGAAUGUAGUUCUCAAGAUUCGUUAGUAUUGAGUCCUGAAGCCAUUUCUUGUGAUUUAUCAUCACAUGUACAAAGUGUCUCGUAA